GAUGAGUUUGAAGGAUUUUGCUUCUCUAGAGUUUGAAAUUCGCGACGUCUCUUUGGAAAUUUUGUGAUUGAAGAUUCACUGUUGCAGUUGAAAUACCGUUUUACUUAGGGCUUGCAACGUAGUUGUUCCAAUUGUGAAGCGUUUUCGAGUUUGAUUUGGAACUGGAUCAAGACCUAAUUGUUCUGUCUCUCGAUGUGUUGCAGAACUGUGAGUUACCCCGUGUGAAGGAGGGGAGCCAAUCGGUGGAGCUUGGACCUGACUGCAUCGUUAAGGAAGUGAAGUUGAAGAUUGCAUCACGGAAGGUGAAUCCAUUGGCCUCAUUGAGCUUACAUUAAAUUGUGGCUUCUGGUUACUUAAUUGGUCAUUGUCACGCACAGCUUGAAUCGAUGCAAUCUAUUAGGGAAGAAUCUCCUCUCCAUCGAGACAUGCUCUGCCGACUUGAUUAGGAGUCCGUUAUCAGCGUCUGCUUUGGCCAUCAUUGGCGAUGCUAUUCCUGCAAGUAGUCAGUGCCUUGCUUUCCUGAUCCUUCUUGAUUUCUAGAAUAAGUGCAUUCUCGUUGAAUGCUAUCAGUCUGUGCUUUGCAACUUCCUUACACUAAUCCCGUGUGUGACCUACCAUUAUACAUCUGAUAGUUAGAAAUGGCUUAACAAGCAUUGCCGAAGUGAAUCCUUAUCAGAUGUACGCAGAAGAUCCUCAGUGAUAGCUCCUCGUAUUAACACUCAUCCAAAUUUGGUGUUCACAUGUAUAAUCUGUAUAUCUUGAUCAAAAACGAAGAGCCCAUUUGGGGAAAUGUCAGAUCUUCUCCCUAAGUCUGGGUUAGGUCUAAUGCUUUUUUUUCUGACCAAUUGGUUCAUAUCUAUUUCUAGAAUUGAUAUUUCGUUAGUUCAAGUCGGGGGUUUUGCUACUGCUGGUGAGAGCGUCUCCAAAGCUUGAUUUGCAGGAGUGCAUUACAUCGAAAGCUGCUCCAUCGUACUCGUUGAAGGGUCACUUUCAAAAGCUUAUCAUCAUCUAAACUGCGAGUCUUGCUCUCACGUGCGUGGUUUCUUUCUCAACUGUUGUUUAAAAUUACUUUCUCUACGUGCCCGCAAUGAAUUAAGAAGAACGAUAUAUACAAAUUAGGAGAAUCCAAUGUUGCACUUAUGUUAGGGUGUUGGACAUAUAUUGGAAUGUUGGGAUGGCUUGAAUUUCCUAGCGAGUUAUUGUUCUUUCCUUGUUUGUCCUUGUUCGGUAGAUGAUUGUUUUGAAAUUCAAGACUAAUAUCGAGAUGGUUAGUGAAGUUUUGAUCCAACCCCAUAGUCAAUAUGACCUGGCAGAUGACCAGGUGUUAUUUUGCAGAUUCUGUCUCAAUGGACAUGGCAAUGUGCAGACAUCAGGUUGUGGUUUCUUCGUACCUUUUAGAAGAGGUCCAAUCCGCCUCGCAUUUAAGGGGCCAGUUCACACGCCAUCCAUGGCUAUGUAACUUCACCACCAGUUGAAGUCAGUUAUUUGCUGGUUACACUGAAAGACUAUGGCAAUGUUUCUCGACGAAAACAGUGCUCCAGUCUUGGCCGACUCGGCGCUCUGCAAAAUCUGUAACACCCUGGACUUGGACCAGAUAUUCAGCAAGGGCGUGAGAGAGCCUCACUCCAUCACCCUUGGCGCCCUUGCCACAAUCCUCUCGAAGAAGCGCAGUUGCGGCCUCUGUGGCUUGAUCUCUCACUUGAUCUCCCGCAGUUGGCUUCUUGACCGCCACACAAGUGAAGACCUCACAUCGGUGCGUGUUCAGCUGCUUGCAGGGCCCUGCGGCUGGGCAGAUUCUUCUCAGGUUGUGCCCCGGCCGCUCACUGCAUGCGCUCAUCGCAUUCAAGUCCGUGCCAUGCGACCGAUUGCGAUUCAUAGAACGGUAAUGAAGGAGAAGGUAAGCCUUACAAUGGAGCUGCAGAUGAUGGAAGAUGAUGCGGCCAGGUUUGGACGUGAACGCGCGUAUCAUGGACGUAGAGUAGGGGCGGUGGUUAACUUCAAACUGAUUAAGGAGUGGAUGGCCAUUUGUGAGAAGGAACAUGGACCGACUUGUGCCAAUGUCUGGGAGAAUGUCACCGAGCAGUUGCCACAGGGCGCAAGAAUGAUUGAUGUGGCCCAAAUGGCGGUUGUUGAGGCGCCCCAGAAUUGCAGGUAUGUUGCGCUUAGUUAUAUGUGGGGAAUAAUCGACACGAAUUACAAAACAGUCUUGAAGAAUGUGGAUCAGCGACGUCAUAGGGGCAGUCUUGAGAGCGUGGCGUUGCCGAGAACUAUCCACGAUGCUAUCAAGGUCGUGAGGGAGCUGGAGGAAAGGUAUCUGUGGGUUGACGCCAUGUGUAUUGUCCAAGAUGACCCUGUCAACACAAAGGCCCAGAUUGCGGGCAUGGCUACAAUCUAUGGUGCCGCAAUACUGACCAUAUUUUCUGUCGGCGGAGACUCGGCGGAUGCUCCACUCCCGGGGCUAGGGCCGGGGUCACGUCAAGUGCUACAACGCAUUGAGAGAAUCCAGUCGCUGUCGCUGGCCGUCCCGCUCAGGAUGCUCAUCGAGACACUGGCUGCGUCCAAGUGGAACACACGUGGAUGGACGUUUCAAGAGCAUGUACUGUCACGACGGGGACUGUUCUUCACAAACGAGCAACUCUUCUUCGAAUGUCAACGCGAUGUGUUCUUCGAAGACGUUAUCGUUGAGAGCAGCAAGGACACGGCAAUGUAUCCAGGGAAAUCCCACGGCCUUGGAUAUAGCGCGCUGCACUCUAUCAGAAACAAGAAGGAUCAGCAGAGCCGGUACCAAGCCUACGCCAAAGCCUUCAUGCAGAUACUGGAGGAAUAUACCCAAAGGCAGCUCACAAAUGUAGCUGACAUCUACAAUGCUAUCUUUGCCAUCAUAACCGUGUUUUCACGCGAUAUAGAAAUCACUCCCUUAGAUCCGAACACAGCGUUUCUGUUUGGUGUGCCGCUGUCCGUGCUCGAAGAUGCUAUGCUGUGGCAACCAGCGCUAAAUGCACCGUCGCAUAACCGCCGUCGUGAAAAAGGGUUGGUCACGCCAAGUUGGUCCUGGGCUGGCUGGGAGAUUAGUGUGGUGUAUUUUGAUCUUUUCGGGUUCAUGUAUGGUCCACCUGGAGCUUUGCGAUCGCUGGUGGAUGAAUUGGUCAUUAUUGAUCCGGAUGGAGAAGCCAGGCGGAUUGCCAUCGGUCGCCACCUCUGGGAGCACUGUGGCCCGGUGGAGAUUGACAAAUAUCGACGGCCUUCAAGCCCAUCAGAUUCAUUGCUUGUUGAGGAGGGCGCGAAUCUUGCGCCAGGAACGCUACUGUUCUAUACCACCGUUGCAUUGCUGAGGGUCCAAAAGGUCAACAAUCAACUCGACGAGAUCACAGGCGAGGACCAGAGUCAGGUUCCUGUCUAUGGUAGCAAGUUUCAUUCGGUCUUCGAGAUUUUGUCAGAAACAUUGCCGCCUGCGAAGAUGGGUAGGAUUGUCUUGCCAACUGACACUGAUACGAUGGUGCCCCUCGAGUUUGCAGUGCUUUCCCGUUCUAACAUGGGCUGUGGCCCCGAAACUUAUGACGAACAGGUGUUUGGGAUCCGCCACGAGGGGUGUUUGUUGAAUGUUAUGGUUGUUACGUUGUUGGGAUAUACGGUGUAUAGAAAAGAGGUCUCUGAAAGAGUUGGAAUCGGCGUAAUCGUGGAGAAAGGUUGGAUUGCAGCAAGGUUUUGGGAACGGGUGGUGCGGUUGCAGUGACGAAAGCGAGAGCAGGAUUCUUCUCAUAGCACCCACCGUCAUCAAAGAUCUAACAUCUUCUGGAGAGUUAUUUGCUCUUGGCAGGUUCACAUUGGCUUAUGAGUUCUAGUUUUCAUGCAAAUGCAACAUCAAAGUAUGGACGGUGGGUCAGUGGCAAGUUCGUAAGUGUUGGCAGAAGGCUUGAAAGACAAUCUUGAUUACAGAUUUUGAGGCAUGAGCUUUAUGACGUUUCUAUGAAGAAGCCGUCAUUACAAGCACGUAUACAAGCAAAGAUCAUUGAGGUUACAGAGAGACUGUAAAGUGAAAUCAACCUGAAAGUCGUACCUUUUGGGAUAGUAUUUGCUAAAACUCGCCUCUCCCACCACCUGGCCUGCAAUGUGUAAACAGGGUAUGAGGCAGAAAUUGCAAUUAACAUGGAUGGCAUUCAGAAAACGUCGCACGAUCCAUUAUACGGGAGUUGGAUCGAUCGAAUAUAACUCUGGAGCAGCACUCCUAAAUUGCGCGUCCAAUACAGGUGACGUCCAUACGACAUAGGGGUCGUUUCGGAAUCUUUAGCAGUGAUAAAAGAAUUUGAGCUGUACUAAGUUGCUCGUUUCUUGAGAGGAUGGUGUGGUCCUCACUGAUAUGCUCUCACAAUAUCCAAUAUGAGUUUUUACUUCAGGAACUCCAAUUAUUUUUUUCGAAGGUCUCUCACAGCGGUGAAUUUGCAAGUCUCUCAGACCCAGAGAUACCAGGUGCUGUUUGGUAAGCAGAUUGUCUGCGCCAAUUGUUCAAAUCUGAACUACCACAAGAAUAUGAAUUUGAUGCACUGCCUUAAACCGUUUAA